AUGUACUUUGUACUGACUUAAAUUUUUGUAAAAUCAGAUGAUUUAAUGGCAUAACUAUAAGAAUCUAGAUAAUUUUGGUUAGGAAACGUCUACUGCUUACCAAACAAUUACAACUCCGUCAAUUCCACAGCUGACAAAAACUUAACCAGAUCCUGUGCUAAUCCUUACGUAGAUCCAUCUACUAAAUUAAUUAUUUAUGCAUCUUGA